GAUCAGUUUUUAAAAAGUUUUGUUCCCAUUAAUCACUCAGACAUAAAAACAUGGGACAAUAAGAUCCAGAUUGAAAAACACAGAAGUCACCCUUUAACGUUUUUUCUAGUGUUCCCCCCGCUCAGUCUGUUCCCUUGUGAUAUGUGACCAUUGUGUACUGAAUGUCUCGAGUGGGGUCACACCGUGUCCGCAGCCCAGAUUUAUUAAUCAAGCGCACACAGCCCGCGCGCACUUAUCUCCCACACAAUGACCACUGCUGCUGUCUAAUCACAUUCAACAAGUGCGGGGUCAAUUCAUCCCCCAGAUACACUCUUGAACAGGCGGCUGCAGCGCUGAAGCUCUUAAUUGUCAUUAUAAGCAAAGUAUUUCCAUGAGAAAGACGAACAAAGCGCCGUCAUUAUGUUUGCGUUGCCCGGCAACUCCGUGGCUUCCGUCUUCACUAUAUAACAGAGGUGAUGGGUUUGUUGGGUCAGCACUAGUCUGGAGGAGAGGGUUAGAACUCUGCUCCAUAUUACAGAGAGAUCAUAUUCUCCAUGCUGAAGGCUCAGGGGAAGUCCGGAGGGCAAACAGGCACUGAGAUCCUCCUGGAGGCGAUGUCCAAAGAUAAAGUCCACCUGGCCAGGUUCGUCCUGGACGCGCUGGAUGGAGAAAUUGUGGACUCCAAAACAAAGAGCGCACAGACGCCCCUCAUCUCCUCCAUCCUGCUGCCUGACAGUCAGACUCGGUGUAAGUUUGUAGAGCUCCUGCUGCACAGAGGAGCCAAUGUCAACUGUCAGGACGGCAGCGGGCGCACUGCGCUCAGCUACGCCUGUGAGAAAGGCUACCUGGAUGCUGCGAAGAUCCUGGUCCGAAACAAUGCAGACCCGGAGAUUGUGGACGCCUGGGGGAACACCGCGCUAAUGUACGCCGCAGUCGCAGGUCACUCACCUGUGGUGGAGUUUUUGGUGAGAGCUUUCAAGAGGCUGGGUCUUCAGAUAGACAGGCAGAAUAAAGUUGGAAACUCUGCUGUGGAAGUGGCGAAGUUUCUCGGCCACACAGAGUGCAUCUCUGCGCUGACCAACACCUCCAGGAGGGGCCGUGAGGCUGAGGGAGGCGCGCCGGGAUGUGGCGAUGUAAACGACAAGUUUGAGAGGAAAGUUGGACACUUAGUGAAUAAACUCGAGGUGCUUCAGACGUGUGAUCACGCAGAUUGUCAGUUGAUGCAAAACUGCUCUUGGCAACCAAGGCCUCGGAUAAAACAGAGCCGGCUGUCAUCGAUGGACUCUAUAGAGGAGUUUGAAAGAGAGAAUGACGGCUCAUCUUCGCCUCCACCGGAGCUGGUCUUCUCACAAGUCCUAACCCCUAAACCCCCUCAACAUUCUCCCAACUCUAAGCAUGCUAAAACCGGGGAAAGGCUGACCACCUCUGAUGAUCACCUCCCUCCUCUUAAACAGAGCUGCGAGGCGUCAAAAUCUAUGUUCUUCUCCCCCCGGCCCGGCAGAAACACCCGCAAACCCAGCGCGCCCUCAGCUCUGGGCAUCUUACUGGCUCCCAUUCUUACCAACAAAAGUGAGACUGAUCCAGGGGCAGAAAAAUCAAAAAUGCUGGACUUCGGUACGCGCAGAUUUUACGACAACUACUAUCAGAAGAGAUGCAGUCUACCAACCAGUAUCCUCAGCCCCACACCUCCGGACCGCACGCUGGUGCCCGCGCGUAAAUCCAAAACCAUCAGGAGGCGCGAUGCGUCUCCCUGCAAGGCUGAGCCUCCUCUGUUCACCGCACCCACCGCCGCUCCUUCAAACAGCACCUUCUCGGUGUUGAGCAACAAACUCUUACGCCGAUUCACCUCCCCGGAGAUUAAGAAGGACGCGAAAGAGUUGGAGAGCAAUCAGAUGUUCACGUCAGGACGCAUUCCGCGGUCAGAAACUUUCCCUCAGGACAUGAAACAUCUGCAGGUGGGCAGUAAACCCAGCAUCGACAGCAUCAGCAACGUCAAGUGUGAGUUUGACACUCAGUUUAAAAUUCCAAACUGUUAGAAACCAAAGUGCGCCAUGCGUAAAAAGUGUUUGUACUCAUCCGCCACUAAUUUACCGAACAGAGCUACAUCAGAGCGAUAAUCUGUUCCAAUCAGUUUCGCUAAAUUACCCUCCAAAUGUGUUUUGUGAUCCUCGGUGACCUUCAAACCUCUUCUCCUUACUGCACAACAACAAAGUGUUAACAAUACAUCCGCCCUGCAAAAGUUACCAACGCCACCAACUGAAGAAAACAGGGAGUAAAAACGACACUAAAUGUUUUUAACUGCAACUGAAUCAGUGAAAAAUCAACAGAAGCUCAAACUAAUUUGCGUAAACUGUGCCAGCAGCUGCCAGCUGGACACUGCAGCACAGAGUGAAACGCAAAACUUGUAGUUUCAGUGUAUAAAGGUCGCUCCUGUGUUCAGCAGCAUUUGCCACUCCCUUCAGAGUGGGUGGGGGUUGCAUCGAAGGUGGAGGGGUGAUAAUAAAUUAUUUAACUGUGCUGCAUGUUUCUGUAUCUCAAAGAAAAAAAGAGGCACUCAAUCAGAGAGCAUCACAGUGAACAGUAUUUACAUUAAAAAAAAAAAAAAAAGAUUCAUGUCAGAUCUUAGAGUCGUUUUUGUUCUCUGGUUUGGGUUUUGGUGAGCACACUUAUACUGGGUAAUUAGUAUCACGAUUCCUAUGAAGCAAGGCUGCAAUGUGAGGCAGUUUCAUUUGUGUCAUAACUUCUAAAACGCCUCUAAAUAUCCUUCACACUCUCUACAAUACCCAUUUAUAUAUCGCUCCAUCAGAUAUACAUUUAAAAAAAAUAGUCUGUAUGUGAG